AGAAUCUACCCACAACAACAUCUGGAUCAUCCAAAGAAAGGAACAGCUGCAACUUUUUUGGUCAGAAAAUGGCUACAGGUGUUCUGUGCUCCAGGGAAUUUGCUCUCUGCCUGGCUUGUGUGCUCCUGGCCGUGCCAUUGCUAGUGGCUCAGGACCCUUCAAGCCUGAGCUUGGAGCACUACUCAAAGACCUGCCCGAAUUAUGAGCAUGUCGUCCGGACUGAGAUGGAAUGUGCUGUGCGUGCGGAUUCCCGCAAUGCAGCUCUGAUGCUUCGUCUUCAUUUCCAUGACUGUUUCGUUCAGGGUUGCGAUGGAUCAGUGCUGCUUGACGACACUGCGACCCUGAUUGGAGAGAAGAAGGCAGAACAGAAUGUCAACUCGCUGAAGGGGUUCGAGCUGGUUGACAAGAUCAAGCAGAAGCUGGAAGCUGAGUGCCCUGGAACAGUUUCCUGUGCAGACUUGCUUGCCAUUGCAGCGAGGGACGCAGUUGUGCUGGUUGGUGGGCCUUACUGGGAUGUCCCAGUUGGAAGAUUGGACUCCAAGAAGGCAAGCCUGGACCUAGCAAACAGGGACAUUCCCACUGCUCAACAGGGCCUUGUCACCCUCAUUGCCAAGUUCUGGGAGAAGGGCCUCGAUGCCACUGACAUGGUAGCCCUUGUCGGAUCCCACACAAUCGGAUUCGCCCGGUGCGCCAACUUCCGGGACAGGAUCUACGGCGACUACGAGAUGACGACCAAGUACAGCCCGAUCUCCCAGCCCUACCUGAGCAAGCUCAAGGACAUCUGCCCCCUGGACGGCGGCGACGACAACAUCAGCGCCAUGGACAGCCACACCGCCGCCGCCUUCGACAACGCCUACUUCGGGACCCUCGUCAACGGCGAGGGCCUCCUCAACUCCGACCAGGAGAUGUGGUCCAGCGUCCUCGGCUACUCCACGGCCGACACCGUCAGCAAGUACUGGGCCGACGCCGACGCCUUCUUCAAGCAGUUCUCCGACUCCAUGGUCAAGAUGGGCAACAUCACCAACCCUGCAGGUGGUGAGGUCAGGAAGAACUGCAGAUUUGUCAACACAUGAUCAUAUGCAUGCUCAAUCAAAAGGACUGCACAUUUGUUCUUUUUAAUUUGAUGGCUGGCUUGUCCUAGAUAGAAAUAAGAAAUGCUUUGAUGAUGAGGCCCUUGUACUGGUACAUAUAAUACGCGUUGUUGUCAUUUUGUCAUCACUCUACAAGUAUGUUACAUGGAGAUACACAUGAUAAGGUACUCCUGGCUUUUGCACAAACUUUUUAUUUAUAUACAUGAUGAGGAAUGGAUUAUGAAUUGUGAUGAGGUUUUAGCAA